AAAAAAAAGUAGGAGACUUUCGCCUCCAUUACAUAGGUCCCACUUCUUUGAAUCAGAUGAAGGCGAAUGCUUUGACUAGUCAUUUCGGUAGGAGAGUUCCAGCGCAAAAACUAAUUUUAGUUGUAGGAUAUAUAUAUGUGUAUGAUCUGAGCGAUACGAUACAUUGAUAUCUCUUCCUCUUGGAAUAUUUGAUAAAGUAGAAAGAAUAAAAAAUGAGAAGUUUAUGCAUGGUCUUCCAAUUGCUGCUGCUGCUGCUGCAUUCUUGGUGCAUGGUAUGUGUGGCCCUCUCUUCUUCUUCAUCAAAUAAUGUCACUGAUCAAAUGGCUCUCCUUGCGUUCAAGUCUGCAAUCAAGUUGGACCCCGACAAUGUGUUAGGGAGUAAUUGGACUGAGAAAAGCAACUUGUGUGAAUGGGUUGGCGUGACAUGUAGCCGUCGACACAGGCAAAGAGUCGCAGCUUUGGUUCUCAAUGGCUCUGGGCUCCAUGGCACCAUCUCCCCUCAUGUUGGUAACCUCUCUUUCCUUGCGAGGCUAGACCUUAGAACUAACAAUUUCCAUGGUCAUCUUGUUCAGGAGAUCAGUCUUUUGAGACGCUUGAAGGCACUCAUAUUACAAGAUAACAAAUUAGAAGGGGUGAUCCCGGCAAGUUUACACCACUGCCAACAACUUCAAGUCAUUUCUUUGGUAGGUAAUGGAUUUAGUGGCAGCAUACCAAAAGAAUUGAGCAGCCUACCCAGUCUCCGCAUGCUUUUUCUCGGAACAAACAACCUCACAGGUACAAUUCCACCUUUCUUGGGUAACAUUUCCAGCUUAAAGUGGCUUGGUUUGGAUUACAACCAAUUUUACGGGAACAUACCUAAUGAGAUAGGUCAUAUUCCAUAUUUGGAAGGAAUUAGCUUGGCUGCUAAUUAUCUCACUGGAUCUGUACCUCCAUCCCUAUUCAACAUCUCCUCCAUACAAGAGAUUCAGUUACCGUUUAUGAAUCUUUCAGGAAAACUUCCAUCCAUUUCUGAGCCUGGCCUUCUUAAUCUUGAAAUACUUAACCUUGCAGAGAAUCAAUUCAGUGGAAACAUCCCUGAAUAUCUGUCCAAUUCUUCUAUGCUCGAUACAUUAGUACUAGCGUACAAUCAAUUUACUGGAACUGUGCCUACAAGUCUAGCCCACUUAAAACUACUUGCAACACUUAAUCUGGGUGUAAAUCUGCUAACAAUAGAACCAGGAAGCCAUGAACUUGAUUUUAUCACGUAUUUGACAAACUCGAGCUCCCUGGAGCAGUUGAUCAUAGAUAAUAAUCCAUUUCAUGGCAUGUUACCAGAUUCUAUGAAUAAUGGAAAUCUUUCUACUUCCCUGCUGAUGUUUGAUGCAUUUAAUUGCCAACUGAUGGGUCGAAUUCCUGAAGGAAUUGGUUCCUAUACAAACUUGACUUAUCUCAACCUGAGCAACAACAGCUUGAAUGGAACCAUUCCCUCCACAAUUGGGAGGCUGAAAGGUCUUCAAAAGUUGUAUCUUUAUGAUAAUGAGAUUGAAGGAUCCAUUCCGAAUGAGAUUUGCCUUUUAAACAAUGUGGGAAAUGUUUAUCUCCAUAACAAUAAGCUCUCUGGACCAAUCCCUCACUGCAUUGGAAAUCUUACUAGGUUGCAGAGAUUGUUCUUGCAGUCUAAUUCAUUGAACUCAUCGAUACCACUGAAUUUAUGGAGCCUUGAUAAUCUGUUGUUCUUGAAUCUGUCACUCAAUUCGUUAAGUGGAAGCCUGGAUCCAAGCAUUAGAGCAGUGAAAUCCCUUGAGAGCAUAGAUUUAUCUUGGAACCAAAUCUCUGGUAACAUUCCAAUCAUUUUGGGAGUCUUUGAAAGCCUCAAUUCUCUCAACUUGUCCAGAAAUUCAUUUUCAGGACCCAUACCUGAAUCACUUGGCAAACUGAUUACACUGGAUUUCUUGGACCUCUCCCAAAACAACCUAUCAGGUUCAAUACCUAGGUCUCUACAGGCAAUAUCUCAUCUCAAACACUUGAAUCUCUCUUUCAAUAAGCUAUCUGGGGAGAUUCCAAGUGGAGGGCCUUUCGGAAACUUCACAGCGCAAUCUUUUAUGGAGAAUGAAGCGCUCUGUGGGAAACCUAUUUUACAGGUCCCGCCAUGCAUGAGUUCUGAUGCUAAACAAUUUCCCUUCAAAUAUGUUAUUCCAAUUACCAUUGCAUCAGUGACAAUCUUUGUUGCUAUGUUGUACAUCAUGCUGAAAAUACGUCGUGGGAAUAACGCACAAGAUCAUAAUUUAGCUCCUUUAUCAGAUGCAGGGGAGCAUAGGUUUUUUUCAUAUCAGGAGCUUUGUCGUGCUACAGAUAACUUUUGUGAAGCCUACUUGAUUGGAUUGGGAAGUUUUGGUUCAGUAUAUAAGGGAAUACUUUCUGAUGGAAUAAACGUUGCAGUGAAAAUUCUAAAUUUACAACUUGAAGGAGCUUUUAAAAGUUUUGAAGCAGAGUGCAAAGUGUUGCGAACAGUUAGGCAUAGGAAUCUUGUGAAGGUCAUAAGUGUAUGCUCUAACACUGAGUUAGGAGCUUUGGUUUUGCAGUACAUGCCUAAUGGAAGUCUAGAGAAGUGGAUUCACAGCUACUGCUUGAGUCUCCUUCAAAGGGUCAGUACCAUGAUUGAUGUUGCAUCGGCUUUGGAAUAUCUCCAUCAUGGUCAAUCAGAGCCUAUUGUCCACUGUGAUUUGAAGCCUAGCAAUGUCCUUUUAGAUGAAGACAUGGUUGCACAUGUGAGUGACUUUGGCAUUGCGAGGAUAUUAGCUAACAACUGGACUGCAACACAAACGAAGACUCUUGGUACACUGGGCUACAUGGCGCCUGAGUAUGGUUCAGAAGGAAGAGUGUCCAUUAAAGGUGAUGUCUACAGCUACGGGAUAAUGUUGUUGGAAAUGUUCACAAAAAAGAAACCGACAGAUGAAAUGUUCACUGGAGAGGUAAGUCUGAGGGAAUGGGUGAAUGCAUCAUUUCCCCACAAUAUAAUGGAAGUCAUGGACAGUGGUUUGUUAAAGGCAGGAGGAGAAGAAAUUGUUGGCACACAGAGUAUUUUUCGGGCCAUCAUGGAAUUAGGCUUGGAGUGUUCCACAGAGUUUCCAGAAGACAGAAGUGACAUCAAAGAAGUGGCAGCUAAGCUGAACAAAAUCAAAUUGUUGUUGCUUUUGUGAUCAGCUUAUUGAUGUGUGUUGUAUUUGACCCUUCCAUAUAAGUGGCCUGUUUAUAGUUUUACUCCAGAACUGGUGUUGUGUGUAACAUAUGGCCGUAACUCCAAUAAAAAUAGGUUUGUUGAA